AUGACGAACCUGAACUAUGGCACGCAUGCCGGGUCCGAAGAUCCCUCCGAGUCGGAACGGCAGUACUCGAAAACCACCAAUAAUGAACCCAUUCACGACGAAGAAAGCCCAUUACUUCCUCCUUCUACUCCUACCGACUCAAAUGUUGCUGAUUUAACUGGGGUUGGAACUAUGAUUGCCGUUCUUUUACUCGGUGAACUCGUCUCUAAUGCUGAUGCGACGCUGGUGUUGGCAUGCGAAGGCCUUAUCUCCUCUGAAUUUGAUCGAUUACGCGAUGCGAGCUGGCUUUCAACAGGUUAUUCUUUAGGACUAUGCGCUGUUCAACCAAUGUAUGGAAAAUUGAGUGAUAUAUACGGCCGGAAGCCGCUCCUUAUCAUUUCCUACGUUCUAUUUGCGAUAGGAUGUAUUAUUUGUGGGAUUGCCUCAAACAUGUCCAUAGUGAUUUUGGGCAGAGCGAUUGGAGGUUUAGGUGGUGCUGGCACCAUGGUUAUUAGUUCGGUUAUAAUCACAGAUAUCGUUCCAAAACGCGACGUUGCCACUUGGAGAGCGUAUGUGAAUAUUUCUAUGACUCUUGGCCGCAGUAUUGGAGGCCCGCUCGGUGGAUGGCUGAGUGAUACAAUCGGAUGGCGAUGGUUGUUCCUAGUUCAAGCUCCAUUUAUGGCUCUUGCUGCAUUCCUAGUGUUUUUCAUGCUCCCUGGGCACCCUGAGACCAAGAGCGGCAAAUCAAAAAUCCAGCAAGUCGAUUUCUUGGGAGCAGGGCUUCUGGCUGCAGCAAUAAUUGCCCUAACAGGUCUAAUGGAUCAAGGAGGAAAGUCAUUCGCAUGGAACUCCGUUAUUUCGUACGCGCUCAGCAUUGGAGGAAUAAUUCUCCUGCUUGGAUUCAUUGCCGUCGAGGCAUACGUCGCCAAAGAGCCGAUAUUCAACCUUCGUAUCUUACGUCGAUCUAACGUGGGCGCAAGCUAUAUCCUGAGUACUCUUCAGGUCACAGCCCAACUGGGAAUGCUAUUCUCGGUCCCACUCUACUUCCAAGUUACCCAACAGGCAUCGACCACUUUGGCAGGUAUUCACCUCGUCCCUGCAGUAGUUGGAAACACUCUUGGUGGGCUAUUGGCUGGAAUAUUCAUCAAAAAGACAGGAUGCUAUAAGCCCCUCCUUGUCGCGGCUGGCUUGAUUGCCGCCGUCUCGUAUGCCUUGCUAUACCUCAAGUGGGAUGGUCAGACAGGCUUUUGGGACUCCUUCUAUAUCAUUCCAGGCGGCUUUGGAACUGGUAUUGCUUCAGCUGCAGCCUUCAUUGCAAUGACCGCUACCUUGCCCGCUGAAGAGGUGGCUAUGGCAACUGCUGGUUAUAUGAUGUUGAUCAGCUUUGCUAUGACAGCUGGUGUCACGAUGUCCAACUCGGUACUUGGCAUUGAAUUCGAGCGGGAGCUUCGCCAGAACUUACGCGGCCCAGGUUCGGAGAGAAUUAUCAAACGCACAAUUGCCGAUGCAGCCUACAUAGCUCAACUCGGUGGCAGGCUACGUGAAAUUGUUCUGGAGUGCUUCUUGGGUGGUCUCAAGCAUACCUACGUGGUCUCUUUCACUUGCUCUCUAGCCGCUGCCUUUAUGGGCCUCUUCAUUCAACAUCAUCAAUUGUAA